CCCCCCGAUGUAUAUACGCGACGCGCUGUAUACGGCGCGGUGCUAUAUAGACAGGGCGGGGCCUUGGACAAAGGGCCCCCGAAAAACCAACCCUCGACGGGGGCUACAGGGGUGGAGUCUAGCGUCUCCCCGAGUUUCUAUAUAGGCCUGCGGAGAGCCCGAGACGCUUCAGAACUCGGUGCAUCGCCGAGCGCGCAGGAUAGCCACAGACAGGCCCUUCGUUCGAGUGCGUCAGCUAUACAGCAGUGCUUUUCCCCGCGAGUUUGUGCGUCGAUCCUCGUGUGCGUUUACGCUUGAGUUUAGCGUAGCAAGUGAAGAUGUCGCGAAGCUUCCUCGUCGACUCGCUCAUCGGCAACAACUCGCCGCCGACUUACCCGCUGCCCUACUACGGCGGCCAGCUGCCCAACUACAUGUUCAACUUCUUCAACCUCGGGCUCAACGCCUAUCAGCAGCAGCAGCAGCAGCAGCAGCUCGCCAGGCCAGUGCCGAGGCAGCUGGGACCAGUCGUGAGUCCCGUUCAAGCGACCGCCGUCGGAUUACCCAGACCAAGCCCGCCCUCGCCGGUGCACAACUCCGCCGCCGGCCGACUAUCAGACGCCUCAGUGCCCACUGCCGAGUCGCCGUCGCGUCGCUCGACGAGUCCGAGCUCCCCGCCGCCGUCGCGCAGCCCGAACGGCUCCGUCGUCAGCAGCAUCUCCAACAGCAUGAAGCGCAUCCGCACGGCCUUCUCGAGCACCCAGCUGCUGGAGCUCGAGCGCGAGUUCGCGGCCAACAUGUACCUGUCGCGUCUGCGGCGCAUCGAGAUCGCGACGAACCUGCGACUCUCGGAGAAGCAGGUGAAGAUCUGGUUCCAGAACCGUCGCGUCAAGUACAAGAAGGAGGACGGCCCCGCGGGUAAAGGGCCGAACUCCAAGUGCUGCUGCCUGCGCACCUGCGGCAAGAAGAAGGACGGCAGCGGCAGCGAGAAGUGCGGCCAGGACGAGAGCGACGAGGAGAAGCAGGAGGUGAAGCCACCGGUCAUCUGGAGGCAGCCCUUCGAGGAGGCACACGACCUCUCCAGAGGAUGCAAGAGAUCCGCCGAGGACGAGGACGAGCAGCAUCAGCAGGAGGAGAAGAAACGGAGAGUCGAGAGUCCGCCGAUGACCGGAUUCAGACAGCUCACCUGCACCAAGUACACCGUCGACCACAUCGUCAACUCGUGAUUCGCGGAGUUGCUCGGGAGACUUUGACCCAGUGCUUUCUUAAUGGCCUGACGACGAGGACAAUUUUUGUACAUAUGUAAAUGGCAGUUUUGUAAAUAGUAUGUGUAUUGUAUGCGGGAGAGAGUGAGGAGAUGCGAUGACGAGUCUGUUGUAUAUUUUUCCAGAGGCUAUUUUCAACGACUCGGAUCGAUACUGCGUGUAUAGUAUUCGUAUAAGCGACAAUCAAAGUGAUUUUAGAUUAAUAAAAGUAUUUUAUAAUAAUUAAUUCAUGAUUACCUCACUCUACCACACCAACAUCCCCUCUUACCGUAUGUAACGUACUCGCGUUAUACUUUUCAAUCUCACGUGCAACUUCGAAUACGAGGAUAUAUUUUCAACAAAGCUGAGAGACGCGCGGAAAAAACUUCAUUAUUGCGAAAGCGUAUAAUGCAAAAGUUCUUAACAUUUAUCACCGGCUAACUCGGGAACGAUGAAAAGUAACGGAUUCGAGGCUGAAAAAAUAUGCAAAAGGCCAUGGCUAAAGUGGACUUUGUUCAGCGAGGCACGAUACACACUACGCUAUAAUCGUAAACGUAAAAAAGCUGGUCGGCUGCUUUACUGCGAGAUGACUGUAGAAAAUCGUUAAACUUUCACUAAAAGUUCGCACAAAGCUUUAUUUUUUAAAUACCAUGAAA